AGUUCAUUUAGACCCAUUUAUUUAUAGGGGUUUGAUAGAUAGCAUAGCAAAGACAGAGAUCCCAAUUGCACAAAACUCAGAUCCAGAUGAAAUCAAAUCUAAUUCCAUUUCCAUAGUGAUUGUCGAUCGCCCAACGGUAUCUUGAUCGCUUGAUUAGUCGACUUCUGAGUCUCCUCAAUUAUCAAUCGGACUAUUUGGAUUUUGGAUCAUCUAAAUCUCUACAGCAGAUAAACUCUUGGCGAGGCGAUGAAUUUUCUGGGGCUGCGGUCUCAGUCGACUGCAGCUCAUGUGCCACAUCCUCCACAAGCUCUAUCGCCACAAGUGCAAGCAGAACCGAGCAUUAGGAAGCCAACUGCGACAUUAGAGGAUCUUGUAGCUGAAGAUCCGUUUCCAUUGGCGUCUUUGGUUGAAACUUUUGACGGAAGAGCUGAAGGAAUAGAGAGUGAAAAUGGUGCAUUUGGGGGAUUAAGUACAAAGAAUGGUGCACCUUUUGUGGAUAAACACAUAGACGUUUGUGAAGAAGAAGGAUGGAUUACCAUUCCAUGCAAGGAACUUCCUGACCGUUGGAAUGAAGAACCGGAUAUGCAAUCUUUUAAAUCUUUUGACCGCCCCUUUGUCUUCCCAGGAGAACAAGUUCAUAUACUAGCAUGCUUGUCUGCAUACAAGCAGGACACAGAAGUUAUCACGCCAUUCAAGGUUGCUGAACUGAUGAGUAAAAACGGUAUUAAAAAGCAAAAUGGUGAAGUCAUACACGGAUCUCCACUUGUUCACGAGGUGGCUUCGAGUCCCGCUGCUCAGGGUUCCGAUGAUAAUGCUAACGGCAAGGCGGGCCCAAAGAAGGACAUGCCCACUGGCGAGUCACUUCUCAGAAUGGAAGAUCAUAGAAGGCAAACCGAAAUGUUGUUGCAAAGGUUUAGAAAUUCCCAUUUUUUUGCCCGAAUUGCUGAGGCAGAUGAGCCGCUGUGGUCGAAAAGAAAAGCCCAUGAAACGUUUCGGGAAUCAACGGAAAUGAUUGGAGGGAAGCUUGGUGAAUACGAUGAUAAGAAGAUCCUUCCGCUUGAUAGAGAAAAUUCUGACGCUAGUACCUCCGGUGGAGUCGCGAGAAACGGGUUUAAGUGUAGCGCACUUCCUAAUGGAGAUAUAGUGGUGCUUUUACAGGUGAAUAUCGGUGUGGAUUGUUUAAAAAAUCCCGUAUUAGAACUCAUUCAGUUCGAAAAAUACGAGGAGAGAAGUUUGAGUGCUGAAGGCAGCGGCGUAACUUACUCAAAUCCGCAAACGGACCCUUGUGGAGAUCUGUUGAAGUGGUUGCUUCCUUUGGAAAAUUCUUUAGCGUCUCCAUCUCGUUCUUUAUCUCCUCCGCAGCUGAGUUCUAGUUCAAGCAUACGUAGCACAUCGACAAAGAUGAAUUCUUCGGGCUCGGGCUCAUCUUCUUCUCCGAUAUUCUCGUUUGGUCACUUUAGAAGCUACUCCAUGUCAUCAGUUCCUCCGAGCACCGUAGCACCGCCUGUUUCACCUAUUACUAAUUCUAGAUCAAUUGUUCUAGAAGAUCAGGAUCACUUGAAGUUGGGAAAGGAUGAAAAAGGUGAAGGUGAAGGGCUUGUGUCAUUUCGAGGUGUGCCGUUGGAGCCUGAACGGUUUUCUGUUCGUUGUGGACUACAAGGCAUUUACAUUCCAGGUAGACGAUGGAGAAGGAAAGUUGAAAUCAUACAACCUGUUGAGAUCACUUCUUUUACUGCUGAUUGUAAUACAGAAGACCUUCUUUGUGUUCAGAUAAAGAACAUUUCGCCUGCGCACAUGCCAGAUAUUGUGAUAUAUUUGGAUACAAUAACAAUUAUACAUGAGGAGGCUUCCAAGGGUGGCCCACCUUUGUCUUUACCAAUUGCAUGUAUUGAAGCUGGCAGUGACCACAGUUUGCCAGACUUAGCCCUCAGGAGAGGUGAAGAACACUCGUUCAUUUUGAAACCGGCCACGUCAUUGUGGAGGAACAACAGUAAGGUUCGAUUGUUCUCAAGUGUUCACGGUCCCCCUUCUGAUGGUCUAACGCUUGGUGAUAAGUAUGCAGUUCUAGUAUCAUGUCGAUGCAAUUAUACUGAAUCGAGGUUGUUCUUCAAACAGCCAACAAGUUGGCGACCUCGUAUGCCACGGGAUCUUUUGAUAUCUGUUGCAUCUCAAAUGUCAAAACCAACUCUCGGUUCAGAUGACAGGAUUCCUCAGUUACCUGUUCAGGUUUUAACACUCGAGGCUUCAAACCUGACAUCUGAAGAUCUAACACUGACAGUGCUUGCUCCGGCUUCGUUUUCUUGUCUUCCUUCAGUGGUGUCAAUAAACUCUACACCUGCAUCACCUACCGACGGUGAUAGUAAUGGGCCUCAAACUGGGCCCUUUAGUGAGUACGCAAUUUCCAUCACUGAUGUACUUCCGACAAGUGAUCUGGGAUGCACACACUUGUGGUUGCAGAGUCGAGUUCCUUUAGGGUGUGUUCCGUGUCGAUCGACAGCUACCAUCAAGCUUGAGCUACUUCCUCUUACUGAUGGAAUUAUUACUCUAGAUUCUUUACAGAUCAGCGUUAAGGAGAAAGGUUUGACCUAUGUCCCGGAGAAGUCCCUAAAGAUAAAUGCAACUUCCAGCAUAAGUAGCGGAAUCAUUUAAGUAGAAAUGAAAUGGUUGGUUUGGUGAUAUAGAUGGAAUUGAAAUGUAGUGGUUUUUGUAUGAUUUUGAGUUUGAUAUGUAUACCUUACUUACAUUGGUGUGUGGGAUUUAAACAACAAUACUACCUCCUUGUACAUUGCGAUGUAUUUUCUUUGAAUUUUAAUCAACCAUCUGUCUGGACAUUGAGUUUAAA